GGGACAUAGACAGAAAUAAAAAUACAUUUAAGCAAUCUGGUGUGCAUCAGAAUCUAUCUGGUAAACAUUUGCGUUAUAUAGCAUUCAAGCUAGCGGACUUUUGCUAUGCAAUUGGCUAAAUUGCAUAGCAAAAAUCCGCUAGCUUAAAAGCUAUGUAAUGCUAAUGUUUACAACAAUUGGCUAACUUGCAGUGUUGUUAAUAACGGCGUUACAAUAUAACGGCGUUACUAACGGCGUUAUUUUUUUCAGUAAUGAGUAAUCUAAUUAAUUACUUUUCUCAUCUUGGCAACGCCGUUACCUUUACUGAGGCGGGAAAGGCGUGCGUUACUAUGCGUUACUAAGUUGGUUAAAUAAAAAAAAGUCUGAGAGAAACGGACUCACGGGGACGAGAGCAGAGCAGGAGUGGGGAAGACGCCAUUGCAACCGCGAUGCUAGAUGGCUCCAAUAAUACCUGACUGCAGCCAUAGCCGACAAACUACGCCCACAUGACACGGUAGAUAUCAUAUUAUAGAUGCAGGUGACAGACACUGCUGCAUUGCCAACAUGUUUUAAGGACUACAUGCGUUUGUAAACAGCCGCCAUCUUAAAGCAGUAGACCUCUCAGGAAGGCCCUGAUGUAGAGAUCCUUCCUAGCGAACCUAAGUAAUUUUUUUAAAUCUAAAAUGCUCCUAAAUCGGCAAAAUCUUAACUUAAAUCUAUCUUUAAAUGAUGAAACAGUUUUAAAACUUACACAUGUUUAAAGUAGACAGAAGGGAACUAAUGCAAUAACGGGAAAAAUUUUAACAACUUUAACGAUUGAUUCACAACUUUAAAUGACUUCCACACAUAGCAAAGGUUACUAGCUAGUUAUCGCAAUACCCUUGUGUCUAGUUAAGUGGAGGGUAAAGAAUUGGGCUUGGGCCAAUUGUCCCCCAAACCCUUUAAGCUUCACAUUGUGUGCCUUUUUUUUUUUUUUUUUUUUUUUGAGAAAAAAAAAAUAUCACUAGUUACUUUGCCAAGUAACUAAUUACUCUUACAUUCAGGUAACUGAGUUACUAACGCAAUUACUUUUUGGGAGAAGUAAUUUGUAACUGUAAUUAAUUACUUUUUUAAAGUAAAAUUAACAACACUGCAUGGCACUAAAUGCGUUAGUAGACAGCCGCCAUCUUAAAGCAGUAGACUUUUUAGGAUGGCUCUGUUGUAGAGAACCUUCCUAGCGAACCUAAGUAACUUUUUAUCUAAAAUACUUCUAAAUCGGCAAAAUCUUGACUUGAAUCUAUCUUUAAAUGAUGAAACAGUUUUAAAACUUUCAUAUGUCGAAAGUAGAGAGAAGGGAACAAAUGCAAUAAUGGGAGCAAUUUUAACAACUUUCAACAGUUGAUUCAGGGUAAAGGGUAAAUUAGGGUAAAGAAUUGGGCUCGGGCCAAUUGUACCAAAAACCUUCACAAAAAACUUCACAUAGUGUGGCCAGUGUUUUUUUUUUUUUAGGGAAAAAAAAAAAGUAAUUAUCACCAAUUACUUUGCCAAGUAACUAAUUACUCUUACAUUCAGGUAAUUGAGUUACUAACGCAAUUACUUUUUGGGAGAAGUAAUUUGUAACUAUAAUUAAUUACUUUUUUUCAGUAAGAUUAACAACACUGCUAACUUGCAUAGCAAAAGUUCGAUAUCUUAAAUGCUAUAUAAUGCGAAUGUUUACCAGAUAUUACUUAAAUGUAUUUUUUUUUCUGUCAAUGUCCCUUUAGGGGCUCCGUACGUUCGAAUGCAGACCUUUCACAGACAUCACUGAUCAUCCUUUAUUUCAGGUUUGAUUGGGUCAGUCCGUUUUCAGCAGAGUUUGUAUUCACUCAAAUGGGAUUCGGGACUGUUUGUUGCAUAUGUCGCCAAAAGCUACUAUCCAAAGGAGAGUUUUAGAGUUGGGAUCAUUAAUCAUUUUCUGAACUAUUUUUACUUGAAUAUAAUGUUUAGGGUUUUUCCCCCCGUUACAAUUCAUAUUACUGAUCAAGAUGUUGCUUAUAAUUUAAAUCGCAUUUCCUGUCAUCACGAGGCCACUUAUUAUGCUACCAAAAUAAAAAUAUGUCUCAUCUGGCAUGUUGAUCAUGCAUUCAGCAGCAGUCCUUGACCGAAUAUGUAUUAACGCUUUGAAAAAUCCCAAAUGUUGUGUUAAGCAGGUAUUAUAACUAGAGUUGUCUGAUAAUAUCGGCUACCAGAAAAUAUCAAUCGAUAAAAGCAUUUAAAAUAAUAUCUGUAUGGGAUGUAUGCUGGGUUAUAAAUUAAUACGCAAUACUGUCUGAACAUGCUAACCUGCAAAACUGCUGUGGUCAGGCCUGCCUCCACAAAGAACAACAAAGUCAAGCUAGCCGUCCCUCAUUUGAAUCUUUGUUUGCAUUAGGUGCAUUACGGUAAUGCAACGCAGUAGCUUCAGAGAGCAAAUCCCUUUAUUUAAUUAAAAAGAAAAAAAAAAUGGGAGCUAUACAAGAAUGGUUCCACUUCAGGGGGUCACUGACAUUAGCUGACAUGAAAAAAAAAAAAUUGUGAAAUGAAAUCACACAUUAUAAUUUCAUGAGAGUACUUUGGUUCGAGUCUUGGGGUAGUUUAGUAUUCCUCAACUGUAAAACGGUCUUUGGAUAUAUAUAUAUUUUUUCAUUAAUCUUUUCCCAAAUUACUUUUACAUUACAAUAAUUUAGUCUGAGUGCACCCCCUGGUGUUGGGGAGGGAAAAAAAGUGUUUUGGUUUAUUUUUUUUGUGGGGUGGGAAGUAAAAAUAAAACAUUGAAACAAUCAGUGUUGGGCACGUUACUUUAAAAAAGUAGCUAGUUACAUUACUCACUACUUCUUCCAAAAAGUAACUGAGAUAGUAACUGAAUUACUCUAUAGUAAAAGUAACUAGUUACCAGGGAAAGUAACUAUUUCCGUUACUUUAAAAAGAACUUGUUGUAUGUCAAAGAAUUUGAAAUUUUCUGAGCAGUAUUCGAGUCAGUGGAAUAGAGAAGAACAGACAGGUAGUUUAACUUGUUAGGUGCUUCAGCAGAUUUGAAUUGCUUACCACAGAUGUCGACAAAAGCUUUGCCCCGGGACAUAAAUUACACAUUACAUGCAGGUUCUUUCCUUUAAUUUCGACAAACUUGAAAUAGUGUCUAUAUCUCCACCUCUUAAAGGACAAUUUUUCUUCUGAAUGCUCUGCCAUCCCGACCCUGUGCAUCUGUUUUGCGUAUGUGUGUUUGCCGCACGCGCAGUUCCGGUUUGCUUGUGAAAUCACCGGCUCUGAUUGGCUUACCACGACACAUGACUAACCCUCAGCCAAUCACAAUCACUUCCAUCGCAUCUCUCGAGGGGCCGCAUUUAGGUAGGCUCGUUUCCCGACAAUUCACGUCACCUUCAAAGCGCCUGCCGUCCUCAAGAUGGAAGCAGAAUUAUUGCUGGCUGACAGUGGGAGAUGGGAACGAGGCUAGCAUCAGGUGUAGCAAACACAGAAACGCAAACUUUGGAAAGCAUUGUCUAACUGAAUGAGCAGGGACAAACAGCUUGGAGUCAGAAGUACGUGCGCUAUUCUCGAACCUGAACGCACCCCAAGUCUUGGAUGACAAAUCAACAGAGCAGAGAGUCGACUCGACACGGCUAGUAGUUUCUUCAAUUUAUUCAGAGUAAGUAACGCACCGCUUUUGAUCAUCAGUAACGGUAACGGCGUUGUAACGGCGGAAAAAGUAAUUAGUUAGAUUACCCCGUUACUGAAUAAAUAACGCCGUUAUGUAACAGCGUUAUUUAUAACGGCGUUACUCCCAACACUGGAAACAAUAGCGUAUAUAACUUCGGGGAUAUUUGUGAAAAUGGGGUGUUGAACCGAGGCUUACUGGACCUUUUAGUUUUCAAAUGUGGUUUUUGUGUCAUUAGCCGUCUAGUUGUGGGGAAUUGCAUUACAAUACACAGGCGCUUUUAUUUCCAAUUCAAAAACUCCAACACACACUGUAUGUGAAAUAAAUUGCUGUCUUUGUAGUAGCCUAGUAGUAAUACACAAACUAUGCAGCAUUCGUGUGUACUCAAUUGUGAGUACACCGUCCUUGAGAAAACACGUGAGCGCGACAAAUUUGGACCGAAACGGCUGUUUUUGGAUAGAAUAAAAAAAAUAAAUCCUUAGCAUCCCCUGCUGUCAGUGACUUUCGUCUCUGCUGUUAUAUCGUCACUACCAAUGUUGAGACCAAACCUACGGCCUUGUGAUAAGGGUCCGUCUUACCAGUUGUCACCUGCAGCAAGACCCAUAUUUAGGCUUGUAAUCCAGGUGGCGGUGCUGUGUGACCUGUUUGGGCACAACAAUAAAAUACUAAAGAAACAAAAGAGCAUACGUUGGAGCCUGAGACUGAAAAGAGACGACAACAUUGUUACCGCUUUGGCUAGAGUUGCUGACAGGGGACAACCCUUUAAAAUGGCCCCCCUCUCCCAUGUCAUACCGCCCUCCCAUCAACUCACACACACACACACACACAGACUGGCUGUGACUAUGCUCCAAAAGAUAUUUAUUCUCUCACAACGAUAGGAAACCGUGAACAACAUCUGAAGACUAUCAGCAAGGUGUAACUGCCUCUCUGAAGCAGGACAGGGCUCCAACGGGGGGAAAAAAAGGUUGACAACUUCUCAUUUCGAAUUGUAAGCAUAGGAAAACACAAAAUAUUUGAUAGAAACUGCAGCCCAUUUACAGUUAAUUGAAGACGUGACCCGAGCAGCCUAAUCAUGAUUGAGAGCGAGAGAGAGCUGUCGGCCAUGGUUCAGGAACUGUGGGAUAAUGACGUCAAUAGACUACGACCUGGAACGGACUACAGAAUAUCUUUGCAGGGCAAAGCCGGAGACAACACGGCCAUUAUUGACGAUGACAACGACGGGGCGGGAUAUCCUCUGUUUAAAUUUGUCGACGAAAACAUUUUCCAGAAGGAGACAUUUUUAGCAUUUAUCUCCUUGUUGGAUAACUAUGUGAGUGACACUGGGGAGCCAGAAAUUGUUACCCCUGAGGAGGUGGCGGAGAACCACAAGUUUCUGGAUUCUAUUGUUAAGACCCCCACGAUGAAGAUAGCUCAUAAAUACCUAGUGGAGAAGAAGCUAUCCCCGCAAGAUGAGACGCAAUUCAAAGAGCAGCUCUACAGAAUCUGGUUUGAACUCUAUGCAAGGAGAGGCUCCAGCAGGCCGGAUUCAUCAGGUUUCGAACAUGUGUUUGUGGGAGAAACGAGAGGAGGGCGGACGGUCAUAGGCUUUCACAAUUGGAUCCAGCUAUACCUGCAGGAGAAGCUGGGACACAUUGACUACAAAGGCUACAGUGUCAACGCCAACUCCCCGCAGCCGGACGAGAACAAGCACAUCUUGGCCCUGCAGUUCAGUUGGAAAAACGGCAUCAAGCCCAAAGGCAGCAUCUUCAUCGGCGUCAGUCCCGAGUUCGAGUUUGCCCUCUACACUUUGUGUUUCCUCAGCUCGCCCAACGAGCGGGUUAAAGUCCAGUUCAGUUUCUAUGACGUGGAGAUCGUCUGCCACCACUACAACCAGAAGCACAUAGGUACCACCUACCCUGUACUCCUUAAGUACCAGAAAAACACUUAGCUUACUUUGACACCUUGGCUUUGCAGACCAAAAAUUUACAGGUACUGUUGUUGUCUUUUUAAUUAUACCUGAAGAUACAAUAAAAGCUUACAACCUUGUUACGGUUGGUUUUCCUGUCCAUCAUUCACUUUCAUUGACUUCAUUUUUUAUUUUUUUACCUGUCCUGUUCAGCUACUCAGUGCCCUUAGU